AAGUCCGAGCCCAAAAUUUCUUUUCCUCAUCCUUCCUCGUCUCUCUUCGAACGACUUCUCAUCUCUGCAACGCUUUUAUCGUUCACUUCAAAUAUUAUCUCAGAAACAAACCUUAGAUCCAGAUCCAGAUCUGAAGAGUUCCGAUUCAUCGGGAGGGAAAACGAUGUCAUGUCUAGCGCUUUCUCUCCAACCCACCAACGGACCUGACAUAUUGCUCCAGACCCGGGAAUGGUUCCCGCCGGCGAGAGCUCUCGUCGCCCUCUCUGCAUUCCGUCAAACUCGACAAGCCUUCGCGGCUGGAAAACACCAAUCCGCCGAGGAUGGCGAUUCCUCCCUUGGCGACGAUCCCCUCGCAGCCUCCAGCGGCCAAUUAAUCGUGGGCGUUGAGAGCCGCUAUCGCGUUGUGUACCGUCUCGUCAACGGCAUCUACGUGCUCGGGAUCACCACCGUGGACUACGACCUCGGCGUCAACAACGUGUUCGAGUGCAUCGGGAUCGUCAACCAGGCCGUCAGCGUGGUCGUCGCAGCGUGCCGCGGCGUCGAUGUGACGCCGGAUAAGCUGAAUCGGAAGUACGCCGAGAUCUACAUGGCGUUGGAUAUUGUUUUGAGAGGCGUUAGCAGUAUCAGGCUCGCGGCGAUGCUGGCGUCGAUGCACAGUGAUUCGAUAGCGAAGAUGGUGCAUUCGGCGAUUGACACCGAGAGCAAGAUUCGCGGUGCUGAAAAUUGGAGCAAUGUGGAGAUAAACUCGGUUGAGCAUUUGGCGAGUGUGGACGCGUUUUCGAAUACUAGAUUCGAAUUGCCGGCGGAUGUAUUGGCCGCUGGCGAUGAGGUGGUGGCGAGUAUUGCCCCGGUGCAGAGCGUUGCGGAGCAGCAGGAUCAGCCGGAGAAGAAGGCGGAGGAGGAGGUGGAGAAAGAUCCUUUUGCGGCGAGCGAUGCCCUAACCAAGCCUGAAUCACUGGUUGGGGAUUUCAAGAAAAAUAAGGAUCAGGCGGCAGUGUCUGAUCUCACGGUGGCUUUGGCGGGGCUGGAGGUUACUACAUUGCCGCCGGCAGCGGCCACAGACUCCACUCAUAUCGGCGUGGAAGGUUUUGAGGGUAAUUAUGGUGGCAUAGAGUUUGGUAACGAGGAGGCCUCUUUGGGGGAGACUUUUGAAGGUUUUAAUGAUGCUUUUGGUGGUGGUUUGGAUGCUUCAGAGUUUGUUGGACCGAAGAAAGUUCCCAAGUCCCAAGGGCUUGGUGGGCUUGAACUGUUACAGACAGGGAGUGAUGCGACAACUGCUGCCACCACAGCCCCUGCUGCUAGUGGAGCUGCCACUCCUCUUGAGGAUCUUUUGGUGAAGAAGAGUGAAAUGAAGGGUCCUGAGAUGUAUAUUGGUGAAGUGAUCAGCGUGGAGUUUAGGGAAUCUUUGCUGGCUAGAGUGGGAUUAAUGGGUGUGGUGUAUUUGAAAACCUUGCCUCCCAAAACUUCUGAUAAAGAAACUGAGUUUUCUUUUAGGAUUGAUGGUACUAGUGGGGUUAAGAGAUUUGUUAUGCAAAGUUCUCGGGUUAGCAGUCUCGGCAAUGGGAUGUUUCAUGUGAGGACUGCACCUUCGGAGGAGCCUAUACCUAUUUUGAAGUAUAGCUUGCUACCCCGUUUAACUCCAUUGCCUUUGAGGGUUCGUCUCAUAAAACGUCACAGUGGGACUUUACUUUCAGUCAUGAUACAGUAUGUUUCAAAUCCGGAUUUGCCAGCACCCUUGACUGAUGUAACUUUUGUUUUAAAAUUGCCGGUUGACCCAUCAUUGUUGAAGGUUUCGCCAAAAGCAGUCUUGAACAGGUCUGAGAGAGAAUUGAGAUGGCAUGUACCAGAGAUUCCUCAAAAGGGUGCUCCUGGUCGACUGAGGGUAAGGAUGCCUGUGGAUUCUAAUGAGGAAGAUGGUGGAGAAGAAAUUGAAGUUGUUGGUUAUGUGAAAUUUUCUGCACAGGGAAUGAGGUCAUUGUCUGGUGUCUCAUUACGGCCUGCUUCUGAGGGUAAGACAGACUUUUAUGAGGUUAAUCACAGGUAUGAGAGCGGUGUUUAUAUGUGCAAUUGACCAUGGAUGAGAUGGUUGUUUACUUACAUACUGUGUACUGUUCAUUUUAUCUUCCAUAUUUGUCCAUGCAGCUUGUGGUUUUGGUGUGUUUGUAGCAUUCUUUAAAAUGGAGCUUGUAACUUAGAUUCAUUGUUCUUAAAUGAAAGCCUUGUGUCUAUGUCAUAGGCCAGUAUUCUUUCUUUUUUAA